AUGUCGCCAUUCACUCCCAACGAACGCCAGAAGAGAAUCCUCCAGCUAUCUUCAGAAUGGGGCGUCGCAAUUCCGCCGGCCCCCAAGGCCCUUGUUAAACCCCUGCAAACGCCCACGUUUCAGGGCCCUGGUGACGAUGACGUCGCCGAGAGCUUGAUGCAAAGGCGAGCAGCAGAUGCCGCGCAGCUGCGGCCAAAGGGCAGCCUGUCGAGAGCAUUUUCCACCACGAACCUCAAAAAGGGCAAGCACUGGGAUCCUCGCGAGAUAGUAGAGACGCUGGCUACGCACGUGGCCAACAGCGGUUCGCCGGGCGUGGCCGAAGCCUUGAUCGCAAAGCUCUCUGCUGCCGGGGUCGACUUGUCCGGAAAUCAAAAGCAAAAAUCGAGCCUAUUGAGCCGCCGGAAAAGCGUGGAUCUUCUACCAGACCGUGCCCGCUUACUCCGUCUCGCUACCGAAAGCGGCAGCGUUGACAUGGUUCAGGUUCUGGUACCUCAUGCCGAUGCAUUAGCUAUCGAUGCCAGUAUCCCCGCUGCCAUUAGAAGAGCCGACAAGGAAAUCGCGGAGCUCUUAUUGAAGUAUGGCGCCAACGUGGGUGAAACGGCUGACGGGCAAGAUGCUUUUCGUCAGGCUUGCACUGACAAUGACCGAGGCGCCAUGAUUGGCAUGAUCCUCAACUCGGCCGGGCGACCUUCAGCAGUCAUAAUAUCGCAAGCAAUGGGCGAUGCCUCCCGUUCCGGCUGCUUGGAUAAUGUCGUACAACUAAGCCGAUCUACCGGAGAUGGCAACUACAAUCACGGAGAGGCCCUCAUCACGGCAGUCAACAUGGGCAGACGCGACAUCGCCUUGGCCAUCAUCACGGGGAACAAACCGCCGCAACCGUCCUCACUCAAUAAUGCAUUCAUCACCCUUUACUCGCAUCCCUCUAUAAGCCCCGCUACUAAACUCGACAUCGGAGAGCUGUUGUUAUGCGCUGGUGCCACAGGUGAAGCGCCAGCGUUGGCCCUGGAGCAGGCUUGCAAGUCUCAAUUUUACGACAUGGUGUUUCUUCUGUCUUCCUACAACGUCUCUAUCGAAUACAAUGAAGCUUCUGCACUGAAAUAUGCCAUCAGCAAUGGCGAGAUGGAGCUUGUGGAAAGGCUCUUAAACAGCACGGCGCCAUUGAACCCGCAAUACGCGUCCUCAUGUGUAGGCCUCAUCCCGAAGCAGGCAUCAUUCGAAGCACGAUACUCUCUUCUAAUACGGCUCCUCCACCGUGGUGCUAAUGGUCAUGCUCUGAGUCAAUGUCUCAUUGAUUCCGUCGAGUCGGGCGACCUGAGCUCUGUUGAUCUACUUCUGAAUCCUCGAUUCCCACCCCAAAAUAAUGGAGCUUCGAACGGGGCCGGCUCGCCACUGAACACGCAUGCAGUGGCCUCGACGGAUUAUCGAAGCGGUGAAGCAUUGCGAACGGCUGUGAUUCGGGCUGACGCGCAUCUCUCCCAGAAGCUCCUCAAAGCACGACCAUCGCCUCAAACCAUCACAGCAGUAUUUCCACUCACGAGAAAACUACCUGUCCAAGAAAGGCACCAAAUCGUGAGCCUAUUCCUAGAAGGCUCCCUCUCUGGAGAUUGUCUACAUGGCGCUCUACAAGACGCGCUCGCACCGCCUCAAUCCCAAAGGGACGACAGCCUCAUCAAGCAGCUCCUUGCUAGCGGCGCUGAUAUCAAUUACAAUUCCGGAGAAGGUCUGGUGCCACUCAUCAAGCAAAUGGACUUGAAUCUUCUUGCUCUCAUGGGAGCUAGCAUCUCUCCGCAAACAGCAGCCUCGCGUGUUCCAGAUGCAAUGAAGGUCCCCGAUCACCGAUCAAGAUUCGAGACCCUCAGCAUCUUAUUUAAUGCUGGCGCAACCAUUGGCGUGUCCGAGGUGGCUUCUGCAACUCUGGACACAUUAUCAGAGAAGCCAGUCGACAUGUCGCUUCUCCGACUACUUCUAGAGACAGGCAGUGCUGAUAUAAAUGGCUGCGAUGGUGACAUUAUAGCAAAAGCCAUAGAGAACCCUGACCCAAAGGUCCUUGAGCUGGUCUUGUUUUACGGAAACCCCUCGGUACCAUCGAUAAUACGCGGCUUAGAUGCCCUGGCUCCAAAGCUAUCCAACGAUGUAAAGAAGUGGAAGUUUGAAACCAUCAUUUCAAAAUCCACAAAGACGAUUGAAUUGAAUCGUGUGUUGAUUCUUGAAGUAAAGUCCAUUGUCGAGCACGCAACGCUGCAGCCAAGCUUGGAUGUCUUGGACCUGCUCCUGAGCUACAAUGCCGAUCCGAACGCUUUCAAUGCCGCUGCGCUUUGCCAUGCUGUCAUCGCUGCAGAAAUCACAACAAUCACACAUCUUGUGAAGAGCCCCGUAGCAAUGAAGCCCAUUUCCUUGGGUAUUGCUUUGCCACAUGCACUCCGAAUUGGUGAUCAAGCUGCGCGACUCUCUACGAACCGUCUACUGGUUGAAGCCGGAGCGCCGCCUGCUGAAAUCAACAGAGCUCUACAGCAUGCUAUCAAGAUUCAUCCGGAGGAUAUUUCACUAAUUGAACUGCUUUCUUCCAAAGCAGAUACAGGGGACGGGGAUGUGCUGUCCCUCGCCGUGGAAAAGGAAUCACCAGAGCUCAUCUCGUUGCUGCUGAAGAAUUCCACCUCGUCGUCCGAGGCACGCAGCACAGCUCUGACUCGUGCGAUGGACAUCACGACGCGAAAUCUGCGACAUGAUAUCUGCAAGCUGCUUUUGGCAUCUGGUGUUCCCGCCGACACUGCCUCCAUUGCCCUCCUAGUUGCCGCUCGGGACGGUGAUGUAGCUCUCGGCGACUUGCUCAUGGCACAUGGCGCAAACAUCACUUCGAAUAAUGGACAAGCGAUUAUUGAGGCCUGCCGCGGUGGGUCCAUUGAUGUGCUCAAAAUUCUUCUCAAACCUGAUGGGCAGACAUCAAAAAAGACGCUAAACGAAGCAUUUCAGGCUGCUACCGAAGUACGGGAUCUAGAUAAACGCGCUGUCGUUUUCAAGUAUCUCCUCCGCUGCGGUGCGUCUGGCGAAUUUAUCGAUGCACAGCUUCAGUCAGCUGCGAGAUAUGGCGAGCCGGGAGAAAGUCUGCUCAAGGUGCUACUCGCAGCUGGAGCGGAUCCCAACUACAACAGUGGUGAAGCGGUAACCGCCGCCACGCGGAGUGCUUUUUUGCGCAGCUUGCAGUUACUUUUAGGUUUGUGGGAUGAUGGAAAGAGCCAGAAAUCGCCCUCACAGCCAACCUUAGUUCGUGCACUGAAAGCCUCGUGGAAUCUCAAUCGCGAUACCCGCUAUGCUAUUGCCGAGGACUUGUUUAAAGCCGGGCUACAGCCCUGCGAGGACCUGCACAUGGCUCUGAACAACGCGGUCAACGAAGAAGAUCCAGAAGAGCGCCUCGUGCGCUUACUUUUGACGAACGGUGCAUCUGCCACCUCCAACAGCUGCAAGUCCUUGGUUGACGCCGUGCAGAAUAUGGCAUCUUCUUGCCUAUCACUCAUGCUUCAGCGCGAUAUUGCUCAAAAAGACAUCAAUCAGGCUUUUAAUGGAGCUUUUACUACGGAGACCUUCAAGAAUUGGUUCAGCUCCAGUGGUCUCGAAACAGCACAGCUACUUCUAGACAAAGGCGCAAGCGGAGAUGCUUUGAGCAACUCGCUACUGCUGGUCAUGCAAAAUUCGACUGCAGAAACCAGUGAUCUUGCACACCGAUUUGUCGAUAUCCUGGUGUCUCAUGGGGCCGAUGUCAAUUAUAACCAUGGUCAGCCGCUUCAGCAGGCUGCGUCUGUGGCCAACAUUGAAUGGACACGCAAGCUUUUGGGCUGCAAGCCGACGUCUGAGACGCUGUCUCUGGCUUUUCAAUGCAUAUUUGAUACAGCACUCAGCCAGGAAGAAGUUCUGGGGCUUUUUAAGCUCUUUGCUGAGUAUCGAGAUGGUGAUGCUCAAAUUGACGUCAUGGUCACUUUGCAAGGGUCGGAACCGGUUCUGGUGCGAGCCAUCAAGCAAUACCCACGAUCAUCUAUGAUCCUAUCAACCCUCCUAGAUGCAGGUUAUUACCAUGAUCAGCUCACCACGUGCACCCUCCAUACCGAUGUUGAAGAGGAAGAGGUUACACUACUCUCGUGGGCCAUUUCUCAGCCGCAGAAGCGAGUGAGCACAUCUGUCAUUGAGCUUCUUGUUGAGCGAGGUGCAAAGAUCAACGUGACCUCAUCUUUAUCUGGCUCGACACCUUUGAUGCUCGCCGUUUUAAACCGCCGCCCGGACGUGGUCAAGCUACUUCUCAUCGAAGGCGCUGAGGUCGACGUCAUUGACUACCUGGGGCGCACACCUCUCGCCAUGGCGACAGACAUGGAAGGCGACGUCGCAGUGCAAAUUAUGUCGAGCAUCCUGGCCGCUGAGCCCUGCCGCGACGACGGCUCCCUCCACAACGCCGCGCGGGAGCUCAACCUCGCCGCGGUCAAGGUGCUGGUGCAGGCCGGCCACGACCCCGAUUUCCCCAGUCCGCUCCACGACGGCCGCAGCGCACUCGGCGAGGUAUGCCUCCGGGCCGCGACUGACAGUGACAUGCCACCCGAGCGUGAGCGACUGGCGCAAAAGGUUAUGGGAUUUCUCAUCGACGCUGGUUCCGACCUCGCCAUUGGCGCCGACGGCAAGCCGCUCCUUCACCUCUGCUUCGCCUCGCACGACCCAGUGGCCACGACGCGCGCGCUCUUGAAAGCCGGCAUGUGGAAGCACAUCAACAAGCCCUUCAAUCGCUGCACCGACGAGCAUUUCACCUACUCGCCCACCAUGUAUAUCAGCAAGGUUAUGCAUUCACUGUUCUGCCGCGACGCGCUGCUCGCUGUGCUACGUGCCAGCCGCGCCGUCGACGCCUUCUACGCUACAAAUGGCGACGUGCAGCCCGACGAUGCCGUCGGCCUCCCAGACGACAUGGCCGCCGCUGAGCGCGCCCGCCGCGCGCGUCUCGCGCGGCUCACGCACGACACUGAGGAACACACCAUUGCGCUUGCGCGGCGUCGCGAGAUAGCCAGCGUAGAGCAGCAGAUUGCUGGGCAAAAGGCCGAGAUGGAGGACGCACGGCGACGGCGGCAGCACAACGAGGACCUGGCGGCUGUGCGCGCGCGAGCCCAGCUCGAGGAGUCCAUCGCCGCUACGACGCUCCAGCGGCGCCUCGCCGACCAGAACGCCGUGACCGAGGCGGCUAUGCACCGCGUUGGCGCGCUCGCCAUUGCCGAGACGGACGCUGACGAUACCCGCCAGCGGAAAGCCAUCGAGUGGGAGGCGCGCGUCAGCAAAGACCGCGCCGACAAUGCGCGCGCGAUCAGCGCGAUUCGCGUGAGUGAGAGAGAGGCGCUCGAGAAGGUCGACCGGGCCGCGGAGCAGCGCCUCGCGAAGCGCAUCGACGCACAGCGAAAGCUGGUGGAUAGCCAGGAGCGCUUGGCGAGCAGAUUGGCGAAUGGAGCUGCUGUUGUUGCUGGUGUGGAUCAGAGACGGCAGAUUGGGUACGUGACAGAGUUGAAUUGA